AUGGCGACUGCCUACGAGCGUUACAAUUUCCACAGCACCCCGGAAAAGUUUUACGUUGAGGCCUGCGAUGAAGGCUCUGACGCUGUCCUGGCUAUCGACAGAGUGUCUAAUGAAAUGACUCUCCAAAGUAAAAAAGAUAUCCCUGCCUCAGCGGUCACCAGGCCUAUUUGUGGCAUCAUGGGAACCAUUCGCCUGGUUGCUGGGAUGUACCUGAUCGUCAUCACAAGGAAGAAAAAUGUGGGCAGCCUCUUGGGUCAUGCAGUGUGGAAAGCAGUGGAUUUUGAUAUCAUCUCUUACAAGAAGACCAUUUUGCAUCUGUCAGAGAUCCAGUCUCAGGAGAAUAAGACCUUCCUGUCCAUGCUAAAUAAUGUGCUGACAACAGACGGUUUUUACUUCUGUACUGAUUACGACCUGACACACACCCUUCAGCGGCUGGCCAAUACCAGUCCGGACUUCCAGGAGAUGAGCCUGCUAGAGAGGGCAGAUCAGAGAUUUGUGUGGAAUGCCAAUCUCCUUCGAGAGCUGGCGGCACAGCCAGAGCUCCACAGGUUUGCUAUCCCCGUUGUGCAUGGCUUUAUUGUCAUGAAACCGUGUCGCAUCAACGGGAAGAUCUUUGAGUGGGUCCUCAUUUCACGGAGAAGCUGCUUCCGGGCCGGUGUCAGAUACUAUGUCAGAGGCAUCGACUCAGAAGGCCAUGCCGCUAACUUUGUUGAAACUGAGCAGCUAGUUUUGUAUGAGGGAGCCAAGGCUUCCUUUGUACAGACGAGAGGCUCCAUGCCUUUUUACUGGAGUCAAAGGCCCAACCUCAAAUACAAACCUAAACCUAUUAUCAGCAAAACAACAAGUCACAUGGAUGGCUUCCAGAGGCAUUUUGACUCUCAACUUCUUAUCUAUGGGAAACAAACCCUUCUUAACCUGGUAAAUCAGAAAGGGUCUGAAAAGCCACUUGAACAAGCAUUUGCCAAAAUGGUGACUGGCAUGAACAAUGGUAUGCUCAAUUACAUAGCCUUUGACUUCCACAAAGAGUGCAGCCACAUGAGAUGGGAUCGUCUCCAGAUCUUGGUGGACGCUGUAGCUGAAACACAAGACGAUUACAGUUACUUCAUGGUGAACCAGGACGGGAAGGUACUAGUCCAGCAAAAAGGCGUCUUCCGUAGUAACUGCAUGGACUGCCUGGACAGAACCAAUGUCAUCCAGAGCCUUUUGGCACGACGCUCCUUGCAGUCUCAGCUUCAGAGAAUGGGUGUUCUAAACGUUGGACAACGGCUUGAAGAACAGGCCGACUUUGAGAAGAUCUACAAAAACGCAUGGGCUGACAAUGCCAAUGCAUGUGCUGUGCAGUAUGCAGGAACCGGUGCAUUAAAAACAGACUUUACAAGGACAGGGAAAAGAACCCAGUGGGGUUUGGUGAUGGACGGUUGGAACUCCAUGAUCCGCUAUUACAAAAACAACUUCUCUGACGGCUUUAGACAAGAUUCCAUCGACUUGUUUCUGGGUAAUUUUGCCAUCGACGAAUCGGACGCCCCCGGUCCUCUUCGGGUGCAGAAGGACUGGAAGUUUCUCACAUUACCUAUAGUCAUGCUGGUGGCAUUCUCCAUGUGCAUCGUAUGUCUUCUCAUGGCUGGCGAUACGUGGACGGAGACUUUUGCUUACGUGAUGUUUUGGGGUGCCUGCAGUGCCAUUACAGCUACCAUCAUCCUCUUCAACGGGCAAGACUUUGUGGACGCUCCUAAACUGGUUCACAAAGAGAAGAUGGACUGA